AUUAAAAAUCUGCACAGUUCUCAGUACUCUUCAAACCAGGGAUAGAAAAGAGAAGGUGGACAGGUCUACAUAAAUCUUAAAAGUAUCCUGAAAUUAUAAGAUGAAGCUGCUGUAUUUCUCAACACUAUUUACCAUCUUUCUGAUACAACUUGAAGCAAGACCACAAGUUGAAGUGCCACAAUGUAAAACUGGUCCAAUGGAUUUGGUCUUCAUUAUUGAUAGCUCAAGAAGUGUUCGACCAUUUGAGUUUGAAAGCAUGAGAAAGUUUAUGAUCGAUAUGAUUAAUUCCCUUGACAUUUCAUCUAUUCAUACCAGGGUUGGAGUAGUCCAGUACUCUAGCCAAGUGCAAAAUGUAUUUUCUCUAAAAACAUUCUCUAAAAAAUCUGAGAUGCAUAAGGCCAUCAAUGAUAUCAUUCCUCUAGCUCAAGGGACCAUGACUGGCCUGGCAAUACAAUACGCCACGAAUGUUGCGUUUACUGUUGAGGAAGGAGCUAGACCACUGUCGCAAAGAAUUCCAAGAGUUGCAGUUAUUGUGACUGACGGUAGACCCCAGGACCGUGUUGCAGAAGUGGCUGUACAGGCUCGGGAUGCUCAAAUUGAGAUCUAUGCUGUUGGUGUCCAAAGAGCAGAUGUCAACUCUCUCCGGGCAAUGGCCUCACAUCCUAUUGAUGACCAUGUCUUUUAUGUGGAAUCAUUUGAUCUCAUUCAGCACUUUGCAAUCCAAUUUCAGGACAAACUCUGUGGUGUGGACAUGUGUACUGAAAUGGACCAUGGAUGUCAGCAUACCUGUGUUAGUGUGCCCAGCUCCUACUACUGCGAGUGUAACCCAGGUUACAGACUGCAUGCAGAUGGGAAGACGUGUUCUGCAAUAGAUCUAUGUGCUCAAGGAAAUCACAGCUGUGAACAGAUUUGUGUUAGUUCUCCUGGAUCUUAUUCCUGUGCCUGCCGAAUGGGUUACAAACUAAACAAUGAUAAAAAGACAUGCUCAGCAAUAGACCUGUGUGCUCAAGGAGGCCAUGGCUGUGAGCAAAUUUGUGUCAGCUCCCCCGGAUCCUAUUCCUGUGCCUGUCGUACAGGUUAUAAACUAAACAAUGACAAGAAGACUUGUGCAAUGAUAAACAUGUGUGCUCAAGGAGGUCAUGGUUGUGAACAGCUCUGUGUCAGCUCUCCCGGCUCUUAUUCCUGUGCCUGCCGUACAGGCUUCCAGCUAAACAAUGAUAAAAAGACUUGUACAAUGAUUGACUAUUGCUCGUACGGGAAUCACAGCUGUCAGCACGAGUGUGUUGGUAUCCUGAAUGGGUAUUAUUGUCGCUGUAAUGAGGGCUAUACUCUUCAGAGUGAUGGGAAGACAUGUCUGGUAACUGACAUGUGCAAUGUUGUGGAUCAUGGAUGUGAAUUUAAGUGUGUCAGUACACCUGGAUCAUACCACUGCAUUUGCCCAGAGGGUCAAGAUCUUGAAGCAAAUGGAAAGACCUGCAACAAAUGCUCCACUGGCUACAUUGAUUUAGUGUUUGUCAUUGAUGGCUCCAAAAGUGUCCGACCCCAGAAUUUUGAGCUUGUGAAGCAGUUUGUGAUAAAGAUUGUGGACUCCCUGGAUGUCUCUGCCCAUGGCACACACGUUGGACUAGUUCAGUAUUCCAGCCGGGUGCGCACAGAGUUUUCCCUAAAGCAGUUUAAGACUGCAAAAGAUAUUAAUAAUGCUGUGAGGAACAUAGACUACAUGGAGAAAGGCACCAUGACUGGACUGGCAUUGAAGCAUAUGGUGGAGCACAGCUUCUCUCAACAGGAAGGUGCUAGACCCAAUGUCCCCAAAAUUGGUUUGGUCUUCACUGAUGGUCGCUCUCAAGAUGACAUCUCAGAAUGGGCUAAAAAGGCCAAGGAAGCUGGUAUUACUAUGUACGCUGUGGGCGUUGGGAAAGCAGUUGAAGAUGAACUCAACGAAAUUGCCUCAGAUCCCGUAAACAAGCACUCCUUUUACACAGCUGAUUUUACCACAAUGAAUCUCAUUGCUGAAGAUUUAAAACUUAACAUUUGUCCAGAAGAGAUAAUAGGUGAAACCGAGUUUAAGGACCCCUGUGACUGUGAGCAUCUUGUCAGCUUUCAGACGAAUACCCUAACAUCAUUAGGGAAUCUUGCAGAAAAACUAGCUCAGCUGACUGCAAGACUUGAAACCCUGGAAAACCAGCUGGCUGAAAAAAAAUGAAGAACUGAAAAUUGAAAAUGAAAAGAAGCAGUGAAAAGAUCUAUGUGGCUUUUUAUGUCACGUGGUAUUAUUUUGUAAUCCUUUACAGAGGCAUACAGCGGAAUGCCAAGCAGAGUUGUAAAACUAUCUAUAUUAUAAAUAAAUGUGAAUAGAUUGUUGUUUAUUAUUAUUAUAAUUAUUUUACUAUUUCUCACCUAGAAAUUGGAAACCACGUUAGUGGUCUAGACUCUAGAAUGUUAGAACAUAUUUUUAUUUAAUGAUUUUUUUCCUUUUUAAUAAAAUUAAACAAAAACUAUACAAUAUAUUAUGAUGAAAGUACAUAUUCUAAAUGCCUUCUUGGGACUUUAUUUUCAGCAUAUUGCUUUUAUUUUGGUGGUGAUUCUAAGGAUUAAAUUUUUUCCAAAGUCAUUAUUUUUGUCAGUUUUCAAGUAACCCUCUUUGACACCUUAGACAGACAUAUCUUGGCUUAGUGUUACAAAAUAAAAUAAAAUAUCAAGCUUUUUACUUUGUUAGUUAUAGCAUUUUUCCUUAGCAUAAAUUGGGUUAAAGAUGCUGUUUACAAUGGGUGGAUCUCUACUAUUUAGCAAUCAGACCAUGUACCACUUUGAUGAGGAUCACCCCUUCCUCCCAUUGUCCACCACUGUUGCCUGCACUGACAACCGGGAGAGGAGAGCAUUGUUGGGGAAACUGAGGCAGGAGGUUCAAACUCCAGCUCAGAAAGUCAUUUUUGUUUCUAGAGCCCAUAUUGUGACCAAUCCUGUCCAACUUUGAACAAGUUGCAUGAUUUGGAGGAGCCAGCACUGUUAUGAAAUUCCAGCUAUUAGGUGGCCACAAUCACAAUUGAAUUCCACCAAUUACAUUGGUCUUUGGUGGAUUAGGGGUCUUCUACAAAGGGCUAAAUGGUGAGGAAUGACUUUAAGUCACAGGAGUUGUCCACAGUAGGAUUGCCGCUUUAAAGGUAAACUCCAGUUAAAAAUUAAAUUUUUACCUAUCAUCACUACUUUCUCCAAAUAGCAGGACUAUGACUGCGGCAUAGCCAUGUAUCUACCAGUUGUCAAAGACUUGUUGUCAAAGCAUUGUUGCUAGCAUGGAGCCAUCAGGGUUGUUGGGUAAAUAUUACAUUUUACAUUUAGUAACCCUUUUUAGAACCCUGGAUCAAAGGUUCUCUGAACAAUACAUUAUAUAUAAACCUGAUGUACAAAGGAAAUUUGAAAGGUAUAUUUUAUUCAUUGUCUUAUGUUGAAUGAUCAUUAAAACACGAGAGCCUAUCA